GCUCGCAACAGCCCCCUUCUUCUUCUUCAAGCUCUCCCUCGUUUCUCAAUCGAUAUUUUCUUGCUCGGUGGAUUCAGAGGUAUUUUCUAGCAGAUAUACAAAUUUACCAGACUGUGUACGUGCGAUGGCGCAGGAGGGAUUUGACAGCGAAAAAGGUCGCCGCGGGGCUCUCAUCGUUGUCGAAGGUCUGGACCGCGCGGGGAAAUCCAGUCAAUGCGAGCUGCUGUUGCACAAUCUGCAGACAUUGGGCCAUCAGGCCAAAUAUAUUCGAUUCCCAGAUCGAAAUACACCUAUUGGAAAGCUCAUAGAUGGCUAUCUAAGGGGCCAGUCGCACCUGGAUGACCACUCCAUCCACCUGUUAUUCUCUGCAAAUAGAUGGGAGGUUGCUCCAACGAUUCAGGAGCUCAUUGCAGACGGGGUCACUGUCAUAGUUGACCGCUACUCAUACUCAGGAGCUGUCUACUCGGCCGCUAAGCGCAAUCCCAAUCUGUCGAUUCAGUGGGCAUGGCAGCCUGAGGUUGGUCUGCCUCGUCCGGACCUUUGUCUCUUUCUAAGUAUCUCGCCCAUCGAAGCUGCGAAGCGCGGUGGCUUUGGUCUAGAACGGUAUGAGACCGACACGAUGCAGAAGCGUGUACGGGAUUUGUUCCAGUCUCUCCUCGAACUGCCACACAACGACGAGAUCUGUGUCAUUGAUGCAGGGAGACCAUUCAACGAAGUAGCCCAGGAUAUCCUGGAACCUGUGCUGGAGUGUAUGAAAAAUGUCGACUCCAUCGGCCCUCUCAGGAGACUAGGUCCGUGGUCUUUCAUCCCCAGCGGUGAGAGUUCCACAUGACACUACAGUCUGCGUAUAAGUGAACCCGUCUGCACCUGCGAUUGGUUUAGUCUAUGAUCUCUGGUUCAUCACAAUCGCUGUCCUGGAUCACGAUCUCGACUCGAGUCUGUGCUGCCUUGGACUGGUUCUCCAACUGGCUAUUGGUCUCCAAGUCGG